AUGUCUGACUAUACCGGCCCCGGGUUGUACGAAAUCCUCCCCAGAUAUGCCCCAGAGAUGAGCCUGAACGUGUGGGGCGGAGCAACGACGGCUGGCACGCAAGUGAAGCUAUACCAGAGGACGCCGAAAGCCGAUAACACUCAUUUUGAGAUCGUAGCAGCAGGAGGUACAUACGCCAAGCCCGAAAAAGGCGAUCGUGAAUACCACAUCAUCGCCGCCUGCUCUGGCCUCUAUCUGACUUCGGCCGGGCCAAAAUCUGGUUACAUCAAGACGGAGCUUCGCAAGCCGCUCGACAGCACCAUCCGCUGGAAGAUUGUACACUGCGGAAACGGUUCUUACCGUAUCAACAAUGUGGAUGGGAAGACGCAGCUCAAUGUCGCUGGUGGUGGCAAGACCAGCGGCACCGACAUGAUUGGCUACCAGUUUUCUGACGGCUCUGAGAACACGGAGUUCCGUCUCAUGGCUGUCUAAGUGAUACAGGGGAGAUUCAAGCUUAUUGUCCCGUGUUGAAAAGGGUAGUUGAAUCUGUCACUUACUUACAAAGUCAAUCCAAUCGACAGGCCCAGAUGCUUCCGAAUGAUUGUGAUGAGUGGUGAGGCUUGUGCUUUCAGUGAGACGACGCAAACAGCUCACUCUUUAGCCUCUUGUUACCUAUCUUAGGUUGAUAUUGGUUCAUGGAAGGAGCGAGUCCUAACGGAUGCGCGCUUAUUGAUAACUGGCUUCAUAUGAAGUUUAGCAUCGUUCACAACCUGUUACUUAUGUCAGAC